CGGAUCCCAAGACUUACGGUCUCCGUCCCCGAUUAUGGCUCCUGCUUCCGGUCGAUAUUUCUGUUCUAUUUUAUUACCUUUAUUGAAAAUUAUCUUUGGAAGAGUUCGAUCAGUGCAUAUUCACAGCAAGGAAACAAGCGUUUAAGUUAGUCGAAAUCUUUUUUGUCCAAUUAUUUAGCCAAUCAAGAUAUGCUAUCCUUUCCCGGUGCGCUCGCCCAGGCGCUGCCCGAGGGCAAAGAGGGACCAUUGAACCGGCCUGGCCAGGUAAUGGUAAGUGAACCAGAAACAGCGAACGCCUUAUGUCAGUCUUGCCAACCAAGAAGAAUUGUUUUUAGUGUGUUGGUGGUGGUGCGGAUGCAAUGGCCAGGUGUGAGGGAGGAUGGUAGCGAUAUCACGCAAGGUUUUUCAAGAAGCGUUGUGUGACAAAUUGUGUACAUUUACAUGACAAUGACACCCGCUGUCCCGUGAACAUUGCAGUGAACCUACUCUCGAUAAUUUUUUUUUCUUCCAGGUUUAUUUGUCGUCACCUGAGCGACAUCUGAGCACAAGAUUCUACGUGUAAGCAAAGAACGCAAACAUACAUGAUUUAUCAGUGCUUAUACCGGUGAACUAUAUCAGUAUUUUGUCUUGAACGAUCGGCAGGUGUUGAACUGUUCCCAAUAUAUUGACAGAGCUGAGUCUCAAGUUGAUUAUUCUCUAAGUUCCACCAGUCAGACAUUACCAUGAGCUUUUCCUGACCAAUAUAUAUAUGGCCAGUCCAGGAAACAAGGAGCUUUCUGUCUCACAGUCUGAAAGUGAAGUGGUGACUGAGGAAGAGGUUGCUCUCAUGACAUCUGGAAGAGAUAACUUGACAGUAGAUCAGGGGAAUAACUUCUUAGACACUGGCUCAGUAUGUAUCAAUUUACGAGAUGAAGAGGAUGAUUUCUUUGAUGGCAGCAGCAUCACUUGUACCUAUGAUACUCAAGAUGGUGUAGCUCACAAGAAAGGAGUGUUUCUUCCUGGACUGAAGGUUAUUGCAACCAUUACUGAUGUGGAACGUGCACCAAGAACACAUCCAUUCAAUCCUAACUUAUACACCAUUAAGCUAAGUCAUGGCAGUUUUACUUGGGUGAUCAGGCGUCGUUAUAAGCACUUCUUAAAACUUGAUGCAGAGCUAUUCCUUCACAAAGUAAAUGUGCAUCGGCACACCAUAAGAGGGGAGCAUAGAGGAGAGCAUCACGCUCGCCUGCCAAGUCGUCACUUGCCCAAGCGACCUGACAUGUUUACAACAACAAUCAACAUGGACAAGAGAAUAAAGUCUCUGGAAAAAUACCUGCAAGUGAUUCUUGACAGCCCAAACUAUCGUAAUCACAAAGAGACACUGAACUUUUUGGAGGUCAGCCAUCUAUCCUUUCAUUUUGAUUUGGGAGAGAAAGGAAGGGAAGGUAUCCUGAGAAAGCGAGCAGGAGGUCAUCGGUUUCCAGCAGGUUGCUGCAGUUGUUGUGCAGGACUUUCUUGGGGAAUUUGGGACAAAAGGUGGCUGUUGGUGAAAGAUAGUUUUAUUGCUUAUGUCAGCCCCAAGGAUAAACAAGUCAGAGGUGUGGUGUUGAUGGACAAAGAAUUCACCUUCAAGUAUGGAAGGAAACAAACAGGAGUGCGACGAGGCUUGCUGAUUCACAACCAGGCAAGGCAACUGCUUUUAUCAUGCUGGACUGAAAGGAAGGCAAGUGAAUGGAUGAAAGCAAUUGUUAACAUUAUGGCAACAACAGGGGCAGACUGGAUAAAAGAACAUCCUCACGGUUCAUAUGCCCCUGUCAGGGAAAACACUUUUGCUCAGUGGUUUGUAGACGGAGAGUCAUACUUUGAUGCUCUGGCAGAUGCUUUGGAGUCUGCAGAAGAAGAAAUCUUCAUCACUGGCUGGUGGGUCAGUCCUGAGAUCUAUCUUCGCCGACCGGUCACUGCUGGCCAUGAGUGGAGACUGGACAACAUCUUAAAGAGAAAAGCGGAGGAGGGAGUGAAAGUUUAUGUUUUGAUUUACAAGGAGGUGGAGCUGGCCCUGACACUGAAUAGUGCGUACACUAAAACAACGUUGAUGAGUUUACACCCAAAUAUAAAGGUUUUGCGCCACCCAGACCACCUCCCUGGGUCGGGUGUCAUAUAUUGGGCUCAUCAUGAAAAGGUAGUGGCUGUGGACCAGAAGAUAGCUUUUAUUGGAGGUCUUGAUCUUUGUUUUGGUCGCUGGGACAACUCUUUACAUCGACUUACCGACUUUGGAUCCGCGAUUCGGCCUCCACCCAUAAACAAAACGGAGCAAGAGAUCAGGAAAAUUGGCGCGAUGAUUGUAGAAGGAACACUUGAACAAUUAAAUUUGCCGGUUUGUCCAGACUUCAAAGACGGAGUAACAGUUGAGCUGGAACCAGGAACAUCUGGAGGAAGUAAAAUGUGGCUUGGAAAGGACUAUUCCAAUCCAAUAACCAGGGAUUUCUUUGACGUCCACAAACCUUAUGAAGACUCUGUUGACAGAGGUUCUGUUCCUCGAAUGCCGUGGCAUGAUGUUGGCAUGCGAAUGUUUGGCGCACCAGCGAGAGACGUUGCAAGGCAUUUCAUUCUUAGAUGGAAUGCUACCAAGAUUGAAAAAGUCAAAAUAAUUCCCGACAUACCUUACCUGCUGCCGAAGUCAUACGCAAAACUUACAAACAAGAGACCAGCGGCAGCAGACAGUGCUAACAUGGUGGAUUGUCAAAUUCUCCGUUCUCUAUCUACGUGGUCAGGCGGUGUCCCCACAGAAAGCUCCAUUCACGAGGCCUAUAUUCAGGCUAUUGAAGAAUCUAAGCACUUCAUUUACAUCGAGAACCAAUUCUUCAUUUCUUCUCUGUUCAUCGACAACAUCAAGAAUGAGAUCGGUCAGAAUCUACUCUGGCGAAUAGAGAGGGCGCACAGAGAAGGUGAAAAGUUUAAAGUUAUUGUCGUCAUGCCGCUGCUUCCAGCAUUUGAAGGCGAAAUUGGCACAGCCAGUGGUCGAUCAAUUGGUGCUAUUACUCACUGGAAUUGCAGAUCAAUUUGCCGAGCAUCUCAUUCGCUGCUACAGAGAUUGGCCGAACUUGUUGGUGACCCCUCCAAGUAUAUUUCAUUCUAUGGACUGAGGACUCAUUCGGAAAUACACGGAACGCCCGCAACAGAGUUAGUUUAUGUUCAUAGCAAGAUGAUGAUUGUCGACGACAACAUCGUAAUCAUUGGUUCAGCCAACAUCAAUGACCGCAGCAUGCUGGGAAAGAGGGAUUCAGAAAUAGCUGCUAUUAUAAAGGACAGAGAAUUUGUACCGUCAGUUAUGGACGGUAAGGAGUACCAAGCUGGCCAGUUCGCCUUCAAUCUGAGAUCACGGCUCUUCAGAGAACAUCUUGGUACAUUGGAUUGUCCUUCAGAUGAAGACAUAAGGGAUGUUGUUUCAGACAGUUUUUAUGAGGAUGUUUGGAUGGCCACAGCAAAGAAAAACACAGAAAUUUACGAGGAGGUGUUCCACUGCAUUCCAACUGAUACUGUACGCUCGUUAAGCGAUUUGAAUACUUACAAGAAUCUUAAACGCCUUGCUGUGGAGGACCCCGGAGAGGCACGUGCUCGUCUGAGAGGCGUCAGAGGGUACCUAGUGCAACUCCCCCUACGCUUUCUGGAGAAAGAAGACCUUCGACCUCCUGUUGGAAGCUCAGAGUAUUUUGUUUCAGCUGGUGUUUUCACGUGAACAGUUCUUUUAGUAUUAAAUUUUAUUUGCCUCGCUGUAAUCGUACCGAACCAGGGAAUCUUGGAAGGUUAGCAAAGCGUGUUCAUUGGAUCUUAGGAAAUUUAUGAAAUUGAUCACAAGUUACGGAAGAAAUGAAAAAGAAAAACAAGAAUCAAACAGACUGCUUCCACCACGGUAGCACUUAGGGUUAGGAUGAUCUAUUUUGGUGCCCGUCUAUUACUAAUAUUAAUUAGCUAAGAUUUCUAGUUAAACAAGGCUUAAGAGCGUUUAAGAGCUUAAACCCCGGCCAAACGAUCGCAACAUUUCAACGCAACAUAUAUAUCGCAACAUGUUGUGUGUAUUUGGCCACCCUGUUGCGACAUGUUGUGUGUUGUUGGCUCGAAUUUGAAACUGGUCAAAUUUUCCAU